AUGUAUGACCAUCGACAUGGCAUUGCAAAGUUCACUAUUGAUAUUGAUACUGGAUUGCAAUUUACAACAUAUUUGUUUAACUGGCCAAUUCCUGAUGACCAUACUAUUUAUACCACUCAAAAGAGGUGUAUCAAAAGUUUUGAAGAUGUCAAUAAAUUGAUAAGGUUUGUUGAGAAUUCCAACCUUUGCAAAGGAUUGCCACAAGGUGAAGAAAGUAAGUCUGUGGUUACCGAUCCAACCUGGGACGAUAAGGUUUAAUACAGAAUUUCCCCAAUCCACAGUAUUCC